AUGGGAGAGAAGAGAGCUUGUCUUGAAAAGAAUGAAGAUUUUAAAGUUGGGUCAUGGGGCUACAGACAUCAGCAAUGCGUUAUCCUCUUCUUCGCUCUGACAAUAGCCUACAGCAUGAGGGCCUGUAUGGGAGUUUCUCUGGUCGCCAUGACUGAUUUUGAUGAAGACCCAAAUACUAAUCUGACAAGCAAUUCUAGUAGUAAAGAAUUUGAGGUGCAUGGAGUUUUAAAUGCCUUGAUGUUAGUGCCACCGUACCCAAUCUUCAAAUGGAACAAAAAAAUCCAAGAUGUCGUGAUAUCGUCAUUCUUAUGGGGCUACGUAGUUCUGCAGAUACCUGCUGGGCACCUGGCCCACAAAUAUGGAGCGAAAUCCCUGUUAACUGGGGCUAUGGCCAUAAAUUGUAUUGCGUCCAUUCUGUUACCUUUAGGCGCUUAUUAUGGAGGUUGGAUCUGCAUAGUAAUAUUCCGUGUUAUACAAGGUUUGAGUCAAGCGUGUAUAAUGCCCGGGAUGCACACUUUCUUUGGAAACUGGGCUCCGUUGAAUGAACGUGGUCGUUUAACUGCUUUGACUUACGGAGGUCAGGCGUUAGGUACCGUAUUAGGACUUCCAAUGACAGGGUUCAUUUCAGCCUCGUCAUUAGGUUGGCCUGGAAUUUUCAGAUUCUACGGGUUGCUAUCUGGCUUAAUCGGUGCAGUCAUCUGGUGGUUGUUAGCUGACACUCCAAGUAAACACACUAGAAUAUCGGCUAUGGAGAAGGUGUAUAUUGAAAGCGAUUUAGGCCAUACGAAAGGGCAUGACAAGAAUAGAAUGCCCGUUCCGUGGACGAAAAUAUUACGUUCUCAAGGAAGUUAUGCUAUUAUAGUUGCGCAUAUCGGACACACUUGGGGCCAGCUGAUUCUGUACUCCGAGGUACCUGCGUAUAUGGAUAAGGUCAUGGGUGUGAACAUUAAGGCGAAUGGGCUUCUGACAGCCCUACCAUUCAUGGUGAUGUGGCUUACAAACUUUUUCUUCAGCUGGUUCACGGAUAUGCUGAUUGUAAAGAAGUUUCUGUCCGUCACUAACACCAGAAAAGUCGCUAACUCUAUUGGAUGUAUUCCAGCGGCAAUAGGUCUUAUAUCACUCGCAUAUGUUCCGCAAAAUAUUUAUAUUAUCGAAACAAUCCUUGUCUUGGUGUGCGCUGUAAAGGUAUCGAGCCAUAUGGGAUUCCAAGUUAAUCAUAUUGACAUAUCACCGAAUUUCGCUGGAACUAUGAUGAGUUUGAGCAAUUUCAUGGCGAAUUCUAUUGCGUCAUUAGCACCCAUCACAACUGGCUUAAUUUUAACUGAUGUUAAAAGCCCAAAACUGUGGGGUUACGUAUUUUCCGUGGCAGCCGGAUUCUACCUGAUCAGCAAUCUUUUCUACGUCAUCUUCGGAACGGCCGAAAGAGCUGAUUGGAAUGAGCCUUUACGACACGAGAAAGAUAGUGAAAAUGCUCUUAUAAAAAUUAGAAACGAGAAAGAACCUCCGAUUAGUAGGAAUAAAAAUGGGAAUAAAUAA